AUGACUGCUUUCAUCUAUCGAUCUCCUUUGCCUGAUAUCGAACUUGUAAACACAGAUUUGGUUUCGUAUCUGUGUUCAAAUCCCUACAAUUCGCCUGAUGGCAGAUCAGUCUUCGUCGAUGCCUUGACCGGAGAGAGUCGCACAUACAAAAACGUCAUACAACGUACAAAACCAGUUGCUCAUGGUUUGAGAAAGCUCGGCGUGAAACCUGGCGAUGUUGUCGCAAUACUCAGUCCCAACUCGAUCGAAUUCCCAGUCCUAUGCUUCGCAAUUCUCAGCUGCGAUGCUACAGUCUGUCCCAUGGAGAGUCAAGCCAAGUUUAUCAUCGCUCAUUCGUCUUUCCUGGACACCGCAAGAAAAGCCGUACAAGAUACACAGGUUAAAGGUAUCAUCCAAGCUGAUGGUGCGAAGGUCUUGCCGGGCUGUAUCAUCCACCCAUCCUGCUACGGAUUUGGUACGGACCCCGCUGAACUUCUAAGUGAGCGUCCUGCCUUCAUCUGCUUCUCCUCAGGUAUCCCUGGGGCUGCCAAAGGAGUUAUCAUUACACACCAAAACAUGACAGCAAACUUGCAACAAUGGGAGAUAGUUUAUUAUCAUGGCGUCUCACCUAGUCCAGCUAUAAUCGCAUUCGUGCCGUUCGAUCCUAUCUAUGGGAUAAAUGUCUUCGUUUGUGGCGGGUUUCUGCGUGGCCAGACGACGGUAGUGCUCUCGCGAUUCGACCGAGAGGUGUAUCUACAUAGUAUCCAAUGCUACAAGCCAGUGGAGCCACACUUGGUUCCUCCAAUCGCUCUGCUACUCGUCAACGACAUCAUGGUUGAACUUAACGAUAUUAGCGGUAUCAAGAGAAUACUUUCUGCCGCUGUGCCAAUGAGUACUGAGCUCGCGACGACUUUUGAGAGACGCUUCAAUGACCGCUAUGGAACAGUUGUUCACUAUCACCAAUCUUUGGGGUCGACCGAGACGAGCCCGCUUGCAAUGGGUGUCCUUCCCACUAAAAUGGAAAAGCAGCAAACUGUCGGGUGCAUUGCACAUAAUAUGGAGUUUCGAUUUGUGAAUCCCGAAACAAUGGAGGACGUACCGCAGGGCAACCCGGACAGCGAGCUGAAGCCAGCCGAAAUUCUGUGUCGUGGUCCUAACGUGACAAAAGGCUACUUCCACAACGCAGAAGCGACACAGGGUGCUUUUUACACCGACGCCCAAGGCUACCAGUGGCUGAGAACUAGCGAUAUUGCUGUUAUGGACAAGGAUGGUUAUAUUAUAAUCCAUGAUCGCAUCAAGGGGAUGAUCAAAUACAAGGGUCUGCAAGUGAUACCAAGUGAAUUGGAAGGCAAGUUGCAGGAGCAUCCAGACAUUGUGGAUUGUGGCGUCACAGCGUUGUUUGACGAAGCGCAAGCCACAGAGUUACCGGUCGCAUUUGUUGUGCUGAAACACGAGGCAAAGCAGGACCAGCCUGAGCUUGUGAAGAAGAGAAUUCAUCAGUGGUUGAAUGCUAAAGUCGCGAACCACAAAAAGCUUCGUGGCGGAAUUGAAUUCGUCAGCACUAUUCCCAAAAGUCCAAGUGGUAAAAUUCUGCGCCGAGAGCUUCGAGAAGCCUUAAAGUUAAAGAAAACUAAUGCUAAAUUAUAG